AUGGGCAUCCCACUACCACUGGAGAUGUUACAGAUUGUAUUGGAGCUCAUCAUUGCUGAGGAGAACGCCAACGUGCCUCCAUAUGUCGCUAAGAACACCAAUUUGGCCCCAUAUGCCACUUUCAACCGCGACUGGCAGGCGAUUAUCGAGAGGCAGACGUUUUCAAGCAUUAAGAUCAGCACAAAUAAGCGACUGGCAGAAUUCAACAAAUUACCAUGGGUUCAGUUAUCAUGGAGCCAAAGACGAAGCCAUAUACAGAAAAUUUAUUUCAUCGUGGAAUUGGAGUCGUAUGAUGGCGAGGCUCGCACACGGUACGAAAAUGAACAGGAGAUACAGCGAAACAGCAAAUUUUUUACCACUUCAAUUCAGUCACUAUUCAAUGCUUUAUCUGAAUGGCCGGAUAACGAAGCGGGUAUCAGUCUUUCGAUUAUGGCGCAGUCCCCCGGCGAUAUUAGCGCCCAAGGUCCUAAGGCAAGGAAGCAGCGCGGGUGGGGUAAGUCACGUCUCUUAACACGAGACCCUGGAGACGAGUUGCCAGUUUACGACUAG